AUGUGUCAGAUCUUAGCAAGGGGGCGUUACGGUUUCUACACCCUCGCCCUCGCUUUCGUCCGCCGCCCACGUCUUCUCCCGUCGCUGUCGUUUGCCCCCGACACCCACUCCUUCCCCCGUCGCUCACUCUCUUUCCGCCGUCACCCUCGCUUUCCCCCGCUGCCCACUCCUUCUCCCGUCGUUCUCGUUUGCCCCCGUCACCCACUCUUUCCCCCGUCGCACUCGCUUUCCCCCGUCGCCUCUGGCUUUCCCCCGUCGUCCUUGCUUCCCCCGUCGCCCUCGCUUUCCCCCGUCGUCAUUGCUUUCCCCCGUCUCUCUCGCUCUCCCCCGCCGCCCACUCCUUUCCCCGUCUCUCUCGCUUUCCCCCGCCGCCCACUCCUUCUCCCGUCGUUCUCGUUUGCCCCCGUCACCCACUCUUUCCCCCGUCGCACUCACUUUCCCCCGUCGCCUCUGACUUUCCCCCGUCGUCCUUGCUUCCCUCGUCGCCCUCGCUUUCCCCCGUCGUCAUUGCUUUCCCCCGUCUCUCUCGCUCUCCCCCGCCGCCCACUCCUUUCCCCGUCUCUCUCGCUUUCCCCCGCCGCCCACUCCUUCUCCCGUCGUUCUCGUUUGCCCCCGUCACCCACUCUUUCCCCCGUCGCACUCGUUUUCCCCCUCGCCUCUGACUUUCCCCCGUCGUCCUUGCUUCCCCCGUCGCCCUCGCUUUCCCACGUUGUCAUUGCUUUCCCUCGUCUCUCUCGCUCUCCCCCGCCGCCCACUCCUUUCCCCGUCUCUCUCGCUUUCCCCCGCCGCCCACUCCUUCUCCCGUCGUUCUCGUUUGCCCCCGUCACCCACUCUUACCCCCGUCGCACUCGCUUUCCCCCGUCGCCUCUGGCUUUCCCCCGUCGUCCUUGCUUCCCCCAUCGCCCUCGCUUUCCCCCGUCGUAA